AUGACUUCCAAGCCGCAUUCCGACUGGAUUCCCUACAGUGUCUUAGAUGAUGAGGGCAGCAACCUGCGACAGCAGAAACUUGACCGGCAGCGGGCCCUGCUGGAGCAGAAGCAGAAGAAGAAGCGCCAGGAGCCGCUGAUGGUGCAGGCCAAUGCCGACGGGCGGCCUCGGAGCCGGCGGGCCCGGCAGUCGGAGGAGCAGGCCCCCCUGGUGGAGUCCUACCUCAGCAGCAGUGGCAGCACCAGCUACCAAGUUCACGAGGCCGACCCACUUGCCAUUGUGCAGCUGGGAGCUGCCCGCCCAACAGCACCAGCCUCAGCCAAGAGGACCAAGGCCGCGGCCGCCUCGAAGAAGGGGAACAAGGGGAAGCACAAAGGCGCCGGCGGGCCAGCCGCUCUGGCCGAAGACGAGACUGAGGCGCGAGGCCCCGUGCAGAUCCUGACGGUGGGCCGGCUGGACCCCGCCCAGGAUGCAGGGGCGACGGCAGCCGGCGGGGGCACAGCGCCCAGCGGGCAGGACCUCCGUGCCACGAUGCAGAGGAAGGGCAUCUCCAGUAGCAUGAGCUUUGAGGAGGAAGAGGAGGAUGAGGAGGAAUACAGCUCCAGUUCCUCCCAGCUAAACAGCAAUACCCGCCCCAGCUCCGCCACUAGCAGGAAGUCCGUCAGGGAGGCAGCUUCAGCCCUCAGCCCAACAGCCCCCGAGCCCUCGGCAGAAGUUGAGGUCCAGGAUCUGGAGGAGUUUGCACAGAGGCCGGCUCCCCAGGGCAUCACCAUCAAGUGCCGCAUCUCGAGGGACAAGAAGGGGAUGGACCGGGGGAUGUACCCCACCUACUUCCUACACCUGGACCGAGAGGACGGAAAGAAGGUGUUCCUCCUGGCGGGAAGGAAAAGGAAGAAGAGCAAAACAUCCAAUUACCUCAUCUCCGUGGACCCCACGGACUUGUCUCGAGGCGGGGACAGCUACAUCGGGAAACUGCGAUCCAACCUCAUGGGCACUAAGUUCACCGUCUAUGACAAUGGAGUCAACCCCCAGAAGGCGUCCUCCUCUACGCUGGAAGGCGGGACCCUGCGCCAGGAGCUGGCCGCCGUGUGCUACGAGACUAACGUCUUAGGUUUUAAGGGACCGCGGAAGAUGACGGUGAUUGUCCCAGGCAUGAACAUGGUUCACGAGAGAGUCUGUAUCCGGCCUCGCAACGAGCACGAGACGCUGCUGGCGCGCUGGCAGAACAAGAACAUGGAGACUAUCAUCGAGCUGCAAAACAAGACGCCUGUCUGGAAUGACGACACGCAGUCCUACGUUCUCAACUUCCACGGGCGCGUCACGCAGGCCUCCGUGAAGAACUUCCAGAUCAUCCACGGCAACGACCCGGACUACAUCGUGAUGCAGUUUGGCCGCGUGGCGGAGGACGUGUUCACCAUGGACUACAACUACCCGCUGUGCGCGCUGCAGGCCUUCUCCAUCGCCCUGUCCAGCUUCGACAGCAAGCUGGCCUGUGAAUAG